AUGCGCUCGCCUUCCCCAGUUCCGCCCCGAACUCUAACGGUCGAGCCUUAUGUCGAAAAAGACUUGAACUACUUUACUCAUGUGUCCGUCCGGUUUGGUUGCGUGCACAAGCCGCUGGAAUCACCAUACAAAGGACCGUUCCGUGUUGUCACACGCAAAACCGAGACCUAUCACGUCCUUUGCUGCCAUAACGAAAAUGUGGUCAACAGUGACCAGGUCAAGGUAGCUGUCGCAGAGGAGCCGCCGGACCUGCCACAACAACAAAAGUGUGCUGAUCCCCUACCCCAUAUUUCUCCGCCUCCAUCAUCUCGUGUUCCAUCACCUCCAACACUCCCUUCUCAUCACACUUCCCUACUCUCUACUCCACCGUCCCGCAUACGCUCUCUCCCUACAUGUCCGCAGCAUCAGCUACAACCUCGUCCUCCUCCUCCUCCUCCUCCUCCUCCUCCUCCACCGCAGCCCGCACUCAACCCUCUUCAACUGUACUUCCUGCUUAUAUCACCCGCAGCGGACUUCACGUUCAUUUAUAGAUUAAUGCAUGUCUUUUGGCGUCGUUUGGCGUUGCCCUCCGGUUUUGGAUGGAAUUACUCCUCCGAGGUGCCAGUCUGA